AUGUUCUCCAGUUUAAGAGCUAAAAACACUAAAAAGCACCAAUUGUCACCCUCAUUGAAUAGACCUAUACCUGAUCAAAUUCAUCAAGUAAUAACUACCGCCAAUACAACAACGCAUCCUAAUACAAUAUCAUUAAAUGCUGGAAAUUUAAUCGUAGGAAAUAAUAAUAAUAAUAAUAAUAAUAAUAACAAUAUCAAUGGUGAAACAAACGAGAAUACAUUCAACAUUAUUAAUGAUAACUCUUCAACAUUGCGUAGAAGGGCACCACUUUCUUCCUCUUUGCAUCAUAUCUUCAACAAACGUCAAUCCUAUCAAAAUAAUGACAGAACGACACGAAUAGAAAAUAUUACAAAUACAGCGACAAAUACAAAUACAACAACAGCAACACCAAUACAAUAUGAACUAGAGAUCUCGUACCAUGAAUCAAGGAUAUCUGAAGAUCAAAUAUUAUUAAAUUUAGAACAAUUACCUGAUAUUAAAGAAGGUGAUCUUUGUCAAUUGAAAACUAUCCCAAUCCCAAAUAAUAAUAAUAAUAAAAAUAAUGACUUUAUAAAUCGAAAAAAGAAAAUUUAUUUAAUUGCUAAAAAUUUUAAUCAAGAAAUUAAAAGAAGAUCAAAAGGUUCUUUAAUAUCAAUUAAAUCAGGUCAAUUACAAAAUUUAUUAGAUUUACCAUUAAAAUCGAAAACUAUCUUGAAAAAAAUACAAAGUGUUGAUUCUCUUAUACCACAACAACAAGAAAUCCAACAAAACAAGAAACAAUAUCAUGCUGAUCUUAUAGAAAUUAAUAUUAAAGAUUGUUUACUCAAUAGAGGAGAUAUGUGGGACAUUUCAUCAAGAUUAAUUAAUUCUUGCGUAUUUAUGAAUGAAAAAUUAACAUUUUGGAAUAAUAUCAUAAGAGGAACAAUAAAGGGAAUAUAUAAAAAUGGUGAGAAAAUCUUAUCAUCAUAUAUUAAUGAAAAUACAAAGAUAAUAUUUAGAUCUGAAUCUGCAAAAUUAAUCUUUUUAAUUCAAAUUACUCAAGAAAUGUGGGAUUUUGAUGAAAAUGGUGAACAAAUUUUCCAAAAAAUGAUUAAUUCAUUCUUCCCUAAAAUUUUUAAAAAAUGGAAAAAUAUUGAUACUCAUCAUAAUUUAACAAUUGCAUUCGCUAUAUCAAUAGAUAGAUCUUCUGAUACUUCAUUCAGAAAUUUGAAACCAGGUGAAAGAUUAUCAAAUUCAAUAGAUUAUUAUAGAAUAGUAGUGGAUCAAGUUAAUAUAAUCCAUUGGGUUGGAAUCAUGGAUACAUUAAGAAAGGAAUUUAUGAAUUUAACAAAGGAUUUAUUGACAAUUAAAACUGAAAAUAAUAAUAGAAUAAUAAAUGGUCAAUUUGCUCCAGUAAUUAAAUCAAAUUUCCUUGAGAUGAUAAAUUUUGCCACAACAACCUUAACGAAUCCAUUUAAACAAUUAGAUUUACGUCAUACAACUACUCAUCUCAUGAUAAUAACUCCUGGUACAGGUUUAUAUGACGUUGAUUAUGAUCUUCUACGUCUAACAGGGAAAAAAUUAUUAUCUUUAGAAAUGACAAUGGAUUUGAUUUGUCUUCAAAGAGCACCAUUACAUGUUGUCCCACUUUUCAGAUACUUGGAUUAUCAAGGUGAUUUGCAUUAUGCCAUACCGAAUUGGUUUAGUAUAUUUUUUUGGAAUGAUAAUGGUAAUAUUGAACAAUGGCAUCCUAGAUGUAAGAUCCAUGAUUUGCAAAUGAUGGGACUGACAGAAAAUGAAAUUUGCGAAGAACAAGAAAUCAACCCAUUACAGUUUUUUAAUAAAAUUAAUACAAAAUCAAUUUCUCAAUUCAUGGAACAGUAUGAUAACGAAGUAUUCGAUUAUUCCAAUUUAGAAUUUAAAACUACAGUUUUUGUUGCCAAUGAUAUGAAUAUAGAAAAAUCCAUCGCGACUUCUAAUGACAAAAAUAUAAAUGAUCAAACGGAUACUAAUAUACCUUUAAAUAAUCCAGAUAAUAUUAUUCAAUCAAAAGCUAUAGUUUGGAAAGGUUCCAAAUUCGCGUCACCUGUAUUAGAAGAUGUCCAAAAACCUCAGGUAUUGGCUGCUAUGUAUCCAACAACAGCAACAUCUGAUGAGACCAAGAAUUCUCUCAAUUUAGAUCAAGUUGAAUCGAACCAACCUAAUGGUUCUUUGGCAUUAGAUUCUUUGAAAGGGAUCUCAAAGAAACAUUCACUGAGGGAUUUUACCAAUAGAAUGUUAAAUAAGAUAUUACCCGCUAAGGAUAUUGAUGGUAACUCUAUCAGAAAUUCAAAAUCCGCCAGAUCGGAGCUUAAUCGCAAUAGACGAGGUGAUGUGUUAGAACGAGAGGUUGACAAUAAUACCAAUAUCAUUCCGAUGCAAAGUAUGCCCAUUAUCAAGAAAAACUUGUCAAUGUUUGGGAAUCAACCUAACGGGAAACAUAAUGCAAAUAGUAUUUCCCCUAAUGCACACUCAUACCAAGAUACAUUAAAUUCAUCAAAAAUUUCAUCACUACAAGAUAAAAAGAAUUAUUAUAAUAUAUUAGACUCAACGAAGUCAAAACUGGAGCUGAAGCAAACAUUAAAUAAAAAAAACUAUUUCAAUGUUCCUAAUGAGACUUGGCUAGAAAUUAGAAAUCCAUCCAUCCCUGUCGAAAUUGAAAAUACAGACUUAUUUCUUCCCGUACGUUGGAAAGAUGUGUGGCCAAGAUUGGUACCCAAACGCUACAGCAAAUGGAGAUCUUUCACAACACCUGCAGAAUUACCGACAACUAUUUCUGAAUUCGUGUCAAAACAUAAUUUUGAAACUAAUUUAUUUUUAGGUAAUCAUUCGGUUUCGUUAAGUAUUGAUCAAGAUUUGUACAAUCAAACUGCCAAAGAUCUCCUCCGAAACAUGAUCUAUAUGCGAUUGGUAAUGGGGUUCCAAAUUUGUUUUGGAGACCAAGUAGAAAAAGUGGAAAUCACUCAUAGUAAUCGAAGAGACGGUAACAAUUUAUCGUCUUGUAAUAUCUACAUACCGGAUAAUAAAUCAGCAGACAGGUUCAUUAUAUACAUGAUGAUUGAUUUAGAAAUUCAUAGAAUUGAAUGUGAUAAUAUGAAUGGUAUUAUAGAUGUUAAAAGAUAUUUAAGAAAAGAUGAUUUAAACCCGUUCGAUCAAGUCCCGACUUAUAGACCAUUAGUUAAAACAAGAUACCAAAAUGACUAUCGAGAAACAAUGAUGGAUCCAAUACAUGUUACAAGAGAGUCUCUGAAUUGGAACCAAAUUGACCAAGCAUUAGCAGGUUACACAGACUAUGCACAAGACAAGACAUGGACAGGUUUCAGAUCCAAAUUCGUUGUACUACCUGCGGAAAUUCCAACAAACACUUUCACCAUGACUGUUAAUGGUAGAAACGAAACAUUAACACCAGAAGAAAUUAGAGUUGAAGGUUUGCGUCGUUUGAUUGCCUCAGUAACAAAGGCAAGAUUAAAGACUGAAAAAGAAAAGGUCGCGGAACAGACUAGAAAGGAAGAAAUACAACCCGAAGUCAUGUUCUACACGGGAUCCCUAUUUAAUUUCGUUAAUGAUCAGCAGGAACUAUUGGAGAAAGACGUUAUCGAUCUCAAAGAUUCAAUUUUUGUUAAGGAUGAUAGCAAAUUAAAUAAAGAUAUUGACCUUAGAAAGUUGGCGUAUGAACUGCAAUGUGGAUCAAAUAAACUCAAAUUGACCAAUCGUAACUGGCAUUGGAAACAGCAUAAGAACUGUUUUGUUGGUUCUGAGAUGGUAACUUGGCUGAUUCUUAGAUUUUCUGAUAUUGAAAGUAGGGAAGAAGCUCUCGAGUAUGGACAACAUCUAAUGAAAAGUGGUUUAUUCGUUCAUGUCCUUAACAAGCAUGGUUUCUUAGAUGGACAUUAUUUCUAUCAAUUAUCUCCGAAAUAUGUUAUGGAAUCACGUACCAGUUCAAAUGCGCCGACAGAAGAGCUUCCUUCUACUAUUGCUCGAUCAGUGACAAGAAAAUCUACGGGAAGUAUUUCUGAAACGGCAACAACUAAGCUUUCUCUCGUUAUGAGUAAUGCCAAUUCAUAUAGUUCUGCUACUGAGAGACAUAGUGGUGGUUUGAAUGACAGCGAAACACACGAGGACUCAGACGUGGCUAAACCGAAUAUCAUUUUGAGUAAUUCACUUAUAAUCGAUGUGGAUCCUAUGAAAAAAUCAUAUAAACAAGAAAUAUGUACGGUUCACUACGAUAGAGUCCAUAAUCCCGAACACUGCUUUCAUAUUCGAUUGGAAUGGCUUACAACUACUCCGAAACUAGUUGAUGACCUCGUUGGUAAUUGGUCAAGACUUUGUGAGCGAUAUGGUUUGAAGUUAAUUGAAAUUCCUUGGGAAGAAUUAUGUUCUAUUCCUACGACUAAUCCCUUCCAUUCCUUUGUUGAGAUUCAUCUGGCCAUUAAUCCUUGGGAAGACCCAGAAUUUUAUGACAAUGAAUUGUAUUCCAAAAGUAAGUUCUACUAUCAUAUCUAUUUAUUGAAAUCAUCUGGUUUCUUACUUGACAAUAGAGCCUCCAAGUUCUUGCAAGAUAGGGACAUUUCUUUUAACAUCAUAUAUUCGUGGGGGAAACCACAGUUCAAGUAUGCCCAGUACAUACAUAUAUCAGGAGCUUAUAUGGCAGAAAUUCGAGAAAAUGGUGAUUUAUUUUUAGCACCAAAUAAUGUGUAUAUUUCGAGAGUAAAUCCAGCGAAUAUUAUUGGUAGAAUUAAUCCGUCACCCAAGUUCACUAUUGACGCCCAGAAGAUUAUGCUGGAUUUCAAGGAUACAUGUUCAUCUUAUGAAAAACUAAGAGUUAUUUACUUGGAAGCAAAAGAGAAAUGGAAUUCUGACAAAAUCGUUGAUGAAUACUAA